AAACACUAUUCGUUAACUUCCGGCCGCAGCUGUAUCUCUUCUAGCACAAACCCACUAACUCCGCGUCUGUCGCGUCACACAACAUUACUCCAACAACAAGGCCUGUUCUGCUGUCCUGAGAUCAGUGUGUGUGCGUGUCAAAGGUGUGUGAGUGUGUGUAUCAGCGAUGGUCUGCAUCCCGUGCAUUGUGAUCCCGGUGCUGCUGUGGGUCUAUAAGCGCUUUCUGGAGCCGGUGCUGUACCCCAUCAUCUCUCCAAUCAUCAGCCGCUUCUGGAGGAAAACACCACUGCAGGACACACCACAGCAGAAGACCAGCACUGUGAGGACACACACACACACACACACAACACACCACAGCAGAAGACCAGCACUGUGAGGACACACACACACACAACACAGCAGAAGACCAGCACUGUGAGGACACACACACACACACACACAACACACCACAGCAGAAGACCAGCACUGUGAGGACACACACACACACACACACAACACACCACAGCAGAAGACCAGCACUGUGAGGACACACACACACACACACACACACACAACACACCACAGCAGAAGACCAGCACUGUGAGGACACACACACACCACAACACAGCAGAAGACUAGUACUGUGAGGACACACACACACACACAAAACACACAACACAACACAGCAGAAGACCAGCACUGUGAGGACACACACACCACACCACAGCAGAAGACCAGCACUGUGAGGCCACACACACCACAACACAGCAGAAGACUAGUACUGUGAGGACACACACACACACACAACACACAACACAACACAGCAGAAGACAAGCACUGUGAGGACACACACACCAACACAGCAGAAGACCAGCACUGUGAGGACACACACAACACACCACAGCAGAAGACCAGCACUGUGAGGACACACACACACACAACACACCACAGCAGAAGACCAGCACUGUGAGGACACACACACAACACA